AUGUCCGACAUCAUCGCCUGGCUGGUCCCUACGGCACGCAACUCCUCCGCCGACAAAACAGCCCACCUCCCCUCCAACAUCUUCCGCACCGUCCAAAUAGAAUCCUCCCCAACACUCUCUUCCCGUCUCCCCAACCUCCUCGGCAGCCGUCCAACCCGCGCCCUCAAGCUCUCCUUCGACUCGCCCCCCAAACGCCCGGGCUCUUUUGUCCUUGGCUCCGACCCGUCCACUUGUGACAUCGUCCUCCCCACGCUACCAGGCAUCGACGCACGACACUGCGAGUUGAGCUUCGAUGCCGAGGGACGUCUUGUACUCAACGACUACUCCCAGGUUGGCACGCAAGUCUGGUAUGACUGGGAGAGCAACGGUGAUCAGAUCGACUACUCAUGGAUUUUGAGCCCAGGCGCUGAGCAGGGGUUUCCGAGUACAGUGCAGCGCAUCACAGUUGACAUUCAGGGCGUAAGGUUUCAGAUCGUUGUCAACGAUCACUCAGACGAUUGGGACGCUUAUUACGCCAAAGUCAAGGAUUUCGUUCGACAGCCUUCGUGGUCGCAGGGUCUUUCUGCUGGUUGGGAUCGAGGAUCAGUCAUUCCAGUUGCGCCGCUGUUUUCCAGCGCUCCUCUCUUUCAGCAUAUCCUUGUUAAGGCGUUGGGCGAAGAGCCAGUCGGUGAGGUAUACCUAUGGAAUCUGGCUAGGCCUUGGGAGCCUAUGGUUAAGGCUGCCGCAUGA